CCGCCUGACCCGGAUACAGACGGCGCUGCCUGCUCGCCGGCCCGUUGAGGAGCGUGGAGCCGGGCCGGUCUUGGCACCACUGUAGCAGCAGCAGGGAGAGUGGAGUGGCCCAGCGGCGUUAUGGGUCUGUGGUGAGCGCCCGGUACCGCUGUCUGCUCCACUGUUCCCCCCUGCCCCGCGGCCAUGGCCCCCAUGGGGAUCCGUCUUUCGCCGCUCGGCAUGGCUGUGUUCUGCCUGCUGGGGCUGGGUGUUCUCUACCACCUCUACUCCGGCUUUCUGGCCGGCCGCUUCGCUUUCUUUAUGCUGAGCGAGCCGGCGGCCGGCGAGCCCGAUAUCCCCCACGGCUCUGGUGCCGUGGACCUUCGGGAGCUGCUGGCCGUGUCCGUCCUGGCUGCUGUCAGGGGUGGGGAGGAGGUGAAGCGGGUCCGCGACGGCAACGACCUCAAUGCCAAGGCCAAGGGGAAGACGCGGGAGGGGGCCGAGGAGCAGCUGACGAGCGGUGACCUGCUGUCCAACCGCAAGAUGUUCUACCUGCUGAAGAGCGCCUUCCCCGCCGUGCAGAUAAACUCUGAAGAGCGUGUUGAUACAGCUGAUCAGGAGACAGUCUCUUGGAAUCGCAGUAUUCCUGAAGACAUAAAACAAAAAAUACAGCCUAAAGAGGUUCCAGCAGAAAGUGUUACUGUCUGGAUCGAUCCAUUAGAUGCUACACAAGAAUACACAGAGAAUCUCCGACAGUAUGUCACGACAAUGGUUUGCGUGGCUGUAAAUGGUAAACCAGUAAUAGGAGUGAUACACAAGCCGUUCUCAGCAUAUACAGCCUGGGCAAUGGUGGAUGGUGGGUCAAAUAUAAAAGCUCGUUCUUCCUACAAUGAGAAAACUCCAAGGAUUAUUGUAUCCCGCUCCCAUGCAGGAAAAGUUGAGCAGGUUGCACGACAGACAUUUGGAAAUAAAACUGUGAUAAUCCCAGCUGGUGGAGCAGGCUAUAAAGUGUUGGCCCUCCUUGAUGUGGCUGAAAAGAAUCAAGAAGAAGCUGAUGUGUAUAUCCAUGUCACCUACAUUAAGAAGUGGGACAUAUGUGCUGGAAAUGCAGUGCUGAGAGCAUUGGGUGGCCAUAUGACUACCCUGUCUGGUGAAGAAAUUAGUUACACUGGCUCUGAUGGCAAUGAAGGAGGACUUAUAGCCAGUAUCAACAUGAACCAUAAAGCACUAAUUGAAAAACUUCCAGAUCUGGAAAAAACAUCACACAAAUAAACAUGACUGAUGGAGAAAUACAAGUCAUGAUUUUGUAACCUCUAAAUACUCUAUCUGAAGAAGCAGGUGUGAAAACUUGCUGGGAAAGAUGCGCAGCAAAGCAGUUUGGUGUGGGUUUGGGGACUGUAUCAUGCAUUUGGUUUCUUCAGUGGUGGUAUUUAAAAAAGAAUAAAAUAAUCAGAAGUAGGAAGGGGACUGACUGCCUCACAUCUCAGUUUCCAUGUUUUAUUUUUUUCAGACUGUUUUCAUGCAGUUCUUACACUGAAGGUGCAUUUACAGUAUAUAUUGGUGAAUGUAGGUGAACUAAAGAAUCCAAAUUUAUUCAUAAGUAGUUCUCACAGGAAUUUCUUGGAACCUUUUACAUCUUGUUACUGUAGUUACAGCAACUGCAUAAUGAACUAGGUAGGAAAGGGUUGAUUUGUAUAGGCAUCUGAUAACUGUGGGCAAUUUAGCAGGAAACAUGAUUCUGUGUAUCCCUCUGAAUGGAAAGCACAAGAAGGCUGACACAUUUAUAUGCAGCAACAGUUUAUAUUUGACAGUGUGGCACUCCUUUUUAAGAGAGAGGGGAAAAAAAAAAAAACAUGUUCUGUACUAUUUUGACUUUUUUCCUGUAGAUGUAAACUAGUUUAGUUGAGAUGGGUUGUGAAUAUCAGUGGUUUAUUAAUCAGUGUAUUUAUUUCCAUAUACCUUUUUUAAAAGAAGGCAGCAUUUCCUUGUAUAGUUUUUAACAGUUACUUCUGGUCCUUGAUUUCUGCUUAGUGUUGAAGAUGCAUGCUAGACUUUAAUGUAGGACUUGUUCAUCAUUUGGUGUUUGUGCCUAUAGAAGCUGCCUCUUCCUUCAGUACCUGAGGUUUGUUUUUUUUGUUUCUUUUGUUCCACUGGACAGAGUCAUAUGGAAUGAGUUUAACAGAAAUAGUAAGUUGAUUGGUUAGUUUUGCUUACAACAUGACAUAAAAACCAGCAAUUUUUCUACAACCCCCAAAAUAACUUUCUUUCUUUUUACGUUAUGGUGCACACUUCUGCAAAAAGCUCUUAAGCCAUCCCAAGCAGCUUGCAGUUACUUGGUUUGUAAUACGCUAUAUAGAGAGAGACAAUUUGAAUGUGAAUCUCUUCAAGCAAGUCUUUGAAGAACAUGUGCUUAAAGUACAGCAGGGUCUGCAGAACAUUACCAAAAAAUGUUCUUUGUCAGUCCUUUGAUGUCAAAUGAGUUUGUUGCACCUCAAAAACACAUGGACUUCUAUCUGCAAAAAUGUAGCUGUCUGUAUUGUUCUGUGCAUCCCUCUGAAGGGUUUCAGAAGAUUAAAAAUUUACCUGUUAUUUGAAUUACCAG